AUGGCCAACGAUAGUCGUGAAAAACAACAAAACUUAAAGAAAAAAACAAAAGCAAAUGCAUAUGUUUACCUUUUAACGUUGAUGGCCGCAAUAGGCGGUUUACUGUUUGGCUAUGAUACAGGCAUUGUUUCCGGCAUAAUGCUAUUCUUGCCACAUAACAAAUAUAUGGAUGGUUUAACAACUGUUUGGAAAGAGGUUAUAAUUAGCAUAACAUCCGGUAUGGCAGGUAUUGCUGCUCUAACUGCAGGCAAAAGCAGUGAUAAAUUCGGCCGUCGAAAAGUGAUAAUAUCAGCUACUGUUUUCUUCAUGGCUGGCUCUAUUGUAUGCGGUGCCGCAUUUGAUCGAUGGACACUACUCGUUGGACGUAUAUUGCUGGGAAUUGCUAUUGGAUUUGCAUCCAUGGUUGUACCCGUGUAUAUAAGUGAAGGAGCACCUGCAAGAGUACGAGGGAAAUUGGUAACAAUUUAUCAGUUCAUGAUAGCAUUCGGAUUUACAGUUGCUAAUGCUGUCGCAGCAUGGUUUGCUCGUUAUGAUCCCGUAAAUGUUGGUUGGCGCUUAAUGUUCAUGUUUGCUGCGGUACCAGCUUUAGUACAGCUAAUUGGCUUCUUCUUUCUGCCUGAAACGCCGCGUUAUCUGAUCAAUCACAAGCGUGAAAAAGAAGCGCAAGAAGUAUUACGUCGAUUAUACAGUAAUGAUAAGGAAUGGAUUACUUAUGAGAUGGAUGAAGUAACACGUGAAAUGCAACGUGAAGCAAGAUUUCGUCAAGAAAACGGGGAUGAAUUCAUCCUACGUCGAGUACUAAGAACAGCACAUGUGCGGAAAGCCUUAAUGCUCGGCUGCGCUUUGCAAAUGUUUCAACAACUUGCUGGAAUCAAUACUAUUUUAUAUUACACCAGUACAAUCAUUCGUUCGGCCGGUGUACAUGAUAAAAUUACAACAAUUUGGAUUUCAUGUGGCAUUUCAACUGUACAAGCAAUUGGAACAAUAUUGCCAUUGAAUUUGAUCGAGCGGCUUGGAAGACGCACUCUCGUGUUAUCCUCUCUGAUCGGUGUUGUCAUCACAUUGUGUAUGAUGGGUGGUGCAUUCAUUCUUAUCAAUAAUGAUUCCACAAAAAUUGAUCCCACUCAUGCCUAUAUCGGUAUAGAUGUGAAUUCUACCAACAUAAAUAAGAAACUACUGGAGCUAUGCGCUGGUUACAGAAAUUGUGAUGAUUGUGUAACUUCGGAGUAUUGUGGAUAUUGUGGUUUAACAGAAGAUUCCUCUUCACUAUCAACAGGUUUUGGGCAAUGUCUACCUGUUAAUCCAGAAAAUAGUCAAAAUUCACUGUAUGGAUACUGCAAAGAUUGCACGAGCAAUGCAACUGAUUACUUAUUUACUGAUACUUCCUGCAAAACUCGAUUUACGGCACUACCAAUAAUAAUUAUGGUACUCUAUAUAUCUGUUUAUUCAUUUGGCAUGGGACCAAUUCCAUGGGUUUUUAACGCCGAGGUUUAUCCGAUCUGGGCGAGAGGCACAUGCGUUGCUUUAUCAACAUUUACAAAUUGGACUUUCAAUCUUUUCAUGUCGCUAACAUAUCUUAGCUUGAGUCAAGCUAUCACUAAAUAUGGUGCGUUCUUUUUGUAUGCCGGUAUUUCAUUUAUUGGUUUCAUAAUUUUCUAUUGUUUUGCACCAGAAACACGCGGAAGACGCAUUGAAGAGAUUGAGCGACUAUUCAUGAACGAAAAAAAAAGAAACAACACCUGCACGAAACCAACGACACGAAACAACCGCGUAUGA